CGUAUCGGACUAACUGAAGUGCCACGGGGGAUACGCUCAGAAGGAGAAUAGUGGCCCCUUGGCAGGCUGUGUGGAAGAGUAUAUGAUCCCCACCUCUUCCACGCCAAAUCUUCAGAUCAACGCCUAAAAAACAAUUCGUACCAAAAAACUAGUUUGUGACCCUCACUUUAUCACGCUCGCGUCUCAGAGACUUCUACGACCAUGACUCUCACUGUUCAUCAUCUCAACAUCUCUCAGUCAGAGCGUGUUGUCUGGCUAUGUGAAGAACUGGCUAUCGAUUAUGAGCUGAAGAUGUACAAGCGGGCACCCCUCCUAGCCCCACCUGAGUACAAAGCUCUGCAUCCUCAGGAGACCGCGCCCAUCAUCCAGGACGGCGACUUGACCCUGGCUGAGAGCGGCGCAUGUAUUGAAUACAUCUGUCACAAGUACGGUGGGGGGAAGCUGUUCUUGCCUCCGACGCACCCAGCCUAUGCCGACUUCUUGUACUGGUGGCACUGGUCUAACGGGACAUUUAUGCCCACCAUAAUGCAGUCUAUGUCGCUGCGCUCUCUCAACGUCAGUCGGGAUAGCGUCUCUAUGACCAUCACAAACAACCGGUUUAGGAAGGCAUUCGCAGCGCUCAAUGAAAGACUACGUGACAACCAGUGGCUGGCCGGUAGCGAGUUUACGGUGGCGGAUGUGAUGGCUGUUUUUGUGCUUACUACGGCGCGAUAUUGGCUUCCCUAUAGCCUGGAGGAGUAUGAGAAUGUGGUCCAGUAUCUUAAGCGUGUUGGAGAGAGGGAAGGGUACCAGAAAGCUAUGAAAAAGUGUGAGCCAGAGCUAGAGCUAGCAUUGGAGGUGGAGCCACCGAAAAAGGAGGAAUGAUCCUGCAUGUAUAACAAUCACCGCUCAUGAGUUAAAGUA